UACUUCUUAUUUAAUGCAGAUACGUCUGGAAAUAUUCUGCGCUGAACUAACCUUCCACCUAAAAUUAACUAGCUGAAAAUUGUGCUUGGCUUUUAGGCAACAGUUAAAUUAUGCAGUGUAGAUAAAUUCAUUUGAAUGUCUCAUCAUUGCUUCUUAUUUCAGCCAGUUGAUGCGCCUUGUCUUUUGUGACUUGAUUACGAUAGGUACUUUUAAGAUAUUGCAGUUCAGGGUAAAUUGGAGCAAUGGCUCUGAGAUAUGCAGGAGGUUUGAAGGCCUUCCUUGCCCGGGAUGAAUACCCGAGCGAGAGCAGCAUAUUCCGCCUACAUUAUCAGUUCACCGUCGCAAUGCUUAUUGGAUCUUCAGUGUUCCUCACAGCGAACGAGUUCUUCGGUGAAACUAUUUCCUGUUUGUCAGACUUGCCUGGCAAUGUGGUGACCACUUACUGUUGGAUUAAAUCCACAUUUACGAUACAGGAUUACCAGUACAGAGAGGUGGGCAAGUCGGUAGCCCAGCCAGGCGUUCUGUCGCCCGAGGGAUAUACUGAAGAAGAGCUCGAGGCCAAGUGGACGUUCCAUAACUACUACCAGUGGGUGGUGUUCUUCCUCUGCUUCCAGGCCGCCUUGUUCUACUUACCGAAGCUAAUAUGGAACACCGUCGAGGGGGGACUCAUGGGAAGCAUCGCUAACGGACUCAACAAGACGCUCUACAAGGACGAGGAUGUCGGCGACAGAAAGAAGGUUGUGGUCGAGUAUAUCAUCACACAUAUAAAGAUGCAUAAUGGCUACGUCUUCAAAUACUGGGGGUGUGAAUUAUUCUGUUUCGUCAACCUUAUUCUGCAAAUGUACUUCGUGGACACAUUCCUGGGCCAUCAGUUCCUCACCUACGGUACAGAGGUGGUGAACUACAGCAACAUGGAUCAAACGGAGCGCGUUGACCCGAUGAUUUACAUAUUCCCUCGAAUGACGAAGUGCAUCUUCCACAAGUACGGAUCCUCGGGCAGCAUUGAACGGCACGACGCCUUCUGCCUGCUGCCGCUCAACAUCCUCAACGAGAAGAUCUUCAUCCUGCAGUGGUUCUGGUUCAUUUUCUUGGCCACUUUGUUCGGCCUCCUGAUCGUCUACCGUAUCAUGUUGCUCGCAUUGCCUGGACUGAGACCGCGAGUCAUGCACCAGCACAACAGAGCCGUGCCGAUGGAAGCACUGGAGGCCUUCACGUCGAAAACAAGAAUCGGUGACUGGUGGAUACUGUACGUAUUGUCUAAGAACAUCGACCCCCUCAUCUACAAGGAUAUUAUGUCCAAGCUUGCGAAAGAGAUCGAAACGAACGCCAGCAAUAACCCGUACCCAAGCUCUGCGCCCUCCAUGUUUGCAAGCUCGUCGGUUUAGCGAUUAAAUCUCGUACUGUUUAGCAUUGAAUAGGUUUACUAUGGCAUAACUUUGAGGUGUGCUUGCUCGCUAAAAGAGCCUGUAAUAUCAGUCGUGCUAUGUCUCAAAACUCAUUACGAGUUAAUGUUAGACCGAGGGUUUCUGAGUUCUUUAGUUUUUUUUAAUGAGGUUAAAAAAUGAUGGAAAGGAACUUGAUUUAAAAGAGUUGCUGUCGCAUGCUUUUUCAGGAGUUCCAUUAGAGGAUCUUAAUGAACUGUGAAGUUUAUUUAUAAGUAUUCGACUCUAUCAACUGGCUUUUCACAUGAUGUAUCUUUAUAGCAUUAGUGUCAGAUAGAAAUAUUUUUUGUAUUCUUGGGUAAGCAAUUUAUUCACGGUGGGUAAUUUUCAUCCAUUACUGCUGAGAGUUCUUUUAAAUCUGCUUAAUUACUGUGUUAGUAUAUUGAGCUAAAGAUUCUCGGAACUGUCGAAUCUUGUUUCGUUGGAGUUAGUGGAGGAAUCUACAAUUUUUUACGUUCACUACAUUAGGGCCUUGAACAUUUACGGGUCACGUUGUUGUUCGCAAAAAUUGAUAUGGAUUUACUAUAAUUGCUCAUUGACUCGGUUUAGAUACAAGUGUAGGUUUUUACCGUGUCCUGGAUGACAUGUAACGAAGAUUAUUCCUCACUACAUGGCGUCUACGUGUACUGUGUGUUCACUAAUUUAUUCCAAAAGCCCAAGUGAAAAUGAGGUGCUGCCAAUGUGUCUUCCAUCGCCUCUGUCGUAAGCAGUAGUGCAUUCCUUCAUAUAUUGGUAUAGUUACGAACGACUCCCGUAUCAUUUUUCCUUGGCAUCGGAAUGAGAGAGGGCCAAGAUGAUGUUGCGUUGCCAUAAUGAUUAAACUCCUGCAGAUAUGAUUAACAAAACGUUGCAGUUCUAAGACUGAAGGAAUUAUGCAGCAUAUCAGUUACUUGGUUCUGUUCUCGACGCGUCAUUGAGCAAACCUUCUGGAGCAUUUACUGAACUCAUGAUACGGUGGUAGUGCAAUCGCUCGAAGUCGCUCUUUUUUAAUUAACUGCCUUCUAGAAACUGGAUACGUUGCUAUUGUAGUUUAUUCCUGCCUGUAUUCAUUUUAGUGAUUUGACAUUU